CAGAAAAUAAGCGAAAAAAAAUCCGUCAGUCCGGGGUUUACGAAUCGUCGCUGUUGUGUAUAUUUUGCUGAAAAAAGUGAUAUUUUGAGGAAUUUUCUCAAAUUUUAAUCACACUUUAUAGUGGAGCAUCCAAAAUGAAGGUGAAGGAGCUACAGAAAACGGUGAACGUGGCAUGGUCACCGGUCCAGCAAAGCCCGAUAAUGCUGGCGGCCGGAACUGCUGCCCAGCAGCUGGAUUCCUCUUUCAGCACUUCGGCCGCCUUGGAGUUGUACUCGAUUAACCUGACGGAUCCAAGCUACGAUAUGGAACUGGUGGGAAGCCAGGUCAGUUCGCACCGAUUCCACAAGGUGCUGUGGAGUCCUUUUGACUACGGUGCAAAUCAUCCCAACGGAUUGAUUGUCGGUGGCUGCGAAAGUGGUAUCAUCCAGGUUUACAGCGCAGCAAAACUUCUGGCCGGAGAGAAUGGACUUGUGGCUCAACAGGACAAACACAAUGGUGCUGUGCGAAGUUUGGACUAUAAUCCCUUUCAGCACAAUUUGCUGGCUUCUGGUGCUUCUGAGUCUGAGAUAUUCAUUUGGGAUCUCAACAAUACCACAGUGCCAAUGAGUCCCGGCCAAAAGAUGCAACCAGCGGAAGAUAUCCAAGGCUUGGCGUGGAAUCGUCAAGUUCAACACAUCCUGGCUUCGGUGUUCUCGUCGCGAUGCGUAAUUUGGGAUUUGCGGAAGAACGAACCCAUCAUCAAGCUGAACGAUACGCAAACACGAGUUCGCUGGCGAGCUGUGCAGUGGCAUCCGGAAGUGGCAACCCAGCUGUGGAUGGCCAGCGAAGAGGAUCAAGCCCCGUCCAUUCAGUUGUGGGAUUUGCGUUAUGCCACCGCUCCGGCCAAGAGCUUCCACAUUCACCAGCGGGGAGUACUCGGUCUCACUUGGUGUCAGAAGGACUUUGAUCUGGUGGCGUCGUGCGGCAAGGAUAACAAAAUCUACUGCUGGAAUCAGAACUCGGAGGAUCCGAAUGGUGAAAUUCUGUCCGAGUUGGCGACCACCAAUCAGUGGAACUUUGACGUUGCAUGGUGUCCUCGGAAUCCGGCGUUGAUCGCUGGAUCCAGUUUCGAUGGAAAUGUCACGGUUUAUUCGAUCUUUGGAGGCGUUCACCAGCAGGUGCAGACCAGCAACAAAAUCGCCGACUCGUUCCCAGGAAUGGAGAACAUCGGCCACGAGCCUGCUCCACAAUUGGCCGCCCAAACUCAACCGACGUGCAACGAUCUGAAGCGGGCCCCGAAAUGGUUGAAGCGACCCGCUGGUGCUUGUUUUGGAUUUGGAGGUAAAUUGGUCACGUUCAAUGGAGCCAAUCGAACGGUAACUGUGAACCAGGUGAUUACCGAUCCGGAACUGGUCGACAGGUCGAACCGAUUGGAGAAGGUUCUGGCCGAGGGCACAUUUGUCGAUUACUGCCGCCAGAAGGCAGAUCAAACAAACGAUCAGCAUUCUCGUUUCCUAUGGUACUUUUUGAAGGCCAAUUUUGAGGAGAAUCCAAAUGCGGAAAUGCUCAAUUUACUCGGAUACCAUUCUGAGGAUAUGGUUAACAAGUUCAAGAAAUAUACGGACUGUGGAAAGGACACAACGGCCACACCCCCGGAACAAGCCAAUCCCGUAGAUGGGUUAGCUGAUCAGAUGGCUGGAUUGAGUCGGAAUAAUUCCACCGAGACGGAUCCGAGCACCGACGAUAGUACUGAUCUCUCGACAAUGGAUAACAACGCCGUUUUCGAUGCCAUUGCUGCCGGCAACAAGCUGCUGAAUGACCAGAAACCAACGACAGAUGGAGAGCCCAAGGGCGAUGAAAAUGAAAAGAAGGGCUACGCUCCCUAUCGGAUUCACACUGGCCAGGACAGCGAGGGUUUGAUUUGCGAAGCUUUGUUGACUGGAAAUCUGGAAGCUGCUGUUGAACUGUGCAUGAACGCUGGCAAAACUACCGAAGCUCUGAUUCUGGCGAUGAAUGGUGGUUCGGAUCUGUUGGCUCGCGUGCAGUUACGCUAUUUGAAGAAUAGUGAGAGUUACUUGGCCAAUAUCAUAUCAGCUCUAGUGACGGAAGAUUGGAGUGGCGUCGUCACUCAGUGUACCAUUGACUCGUGGAAGGAGGCGUUAGUGGCAGCGUUGACUCAUUGCAAAAAUCAGCUGCCAUUGCUGUGCGAGAGGCUCGGAGAACGGUUACAGAUAGAAGCUGGCAAUGACACCGAGUUGGCUCGGAAUGCAAUACUCUGUUAUAUUUGUGCUGGAAGCACUGAAAGACUGGUGGAGGCUUGGAAUCUCCAGAAACCCAACAAUCCUGUGGGUGAUUUUAUCAAUGGAGAUCCUGACAAGAAUAAUAAUAGCAAUCGAGAUCUGCAGGAACUUGUGGAGGUUGCGAUGCUUCUUCAAAAGGCUCUUGAAAUGCAAGGCAGGACAACGACUAUUUCCGGAAAAUUAGCGGACUUACUUUCCCAGUAUGCUAGUUUGUUGGCAGCGCAGGGUUCGUUGAACUCUGCUCUGACCUACGUUGGCAAUUCUGCUGAUCCUGGUAUGGAAGAUUUGAGAGAUCGACUUUAUUACGCUCUAGGUCAUAAAAGCAAUGUGCCAGUACAACAAUACAACAACCAGUACAACGCAGGGCAGCGAGGACCUGUAAGCAAUCAGCAACCACCAGCUUUCAAUCCAAUGUUCCCAACGAUUGGUCAAGCUGCAAAAAUGAAAAAUUGGCCACCAUUCAACACGCCUCCGGCUCCAGCUCAAGCUCCAGCACCGAUCCCCACAAUCCCUCAACCAAUGAGUCAAUCCUCUUGGAAUACCACUCCAUUCCAAACAGGACUUCCAUCUCAACAGCCACCUAUGGCUUCUACAUUUGCCCCGCCACCUACAAUUCCCCCUGUAGCAACAAAACCUCCACUUGGUCCUCCAAUGGCUGCAGACCCAUCACAACAACCUCGUCCAUCAUCCGUCAACUCUCAAUCAGGAGCUACUCCAUUGUCGAGAGCCAAAUAUGUGCUCGAUCCUUCAGUGACCUCUGGUCCAUCCUACGGCCAAACGCCUGCUAAUAUGUACAAUCCAAAUGCCUACCAGCCAUCCGCUGCGCAGCAGUUCAAUACGCAACCCAUAAGCCAACAGCCACCGGCCUCUCUCUACAAUCCAUCGCAGCCAGCUCAGAAAACGAACAAUUUCAAACCCUUUACUCCGGCUCCCCUGGUACAACCAGGCGUGUCCCCGUAUAUUCCUGGAGUUUCUCCGUUGGACGUCUCCGCUCCUCCCGCAGCAGCAGUGCCGCCUCCACCUAUGGCCAACAUCCAAAGGAAUCCAACGCCUCCACCUGGCUGGAACGACCCGCCGGCCUUGAAAAGCACUUCUCGUUCACAGCUCAGUGAGCAAUACGAAAUGUCGGCGGUCCAUGCCGGGACUCGUCGUUGGCGAAAAAUCAUCGAUUCGCACGAUCACUCGAAUCGAUCCUCGCCGCAGCCAAAACCUGAAGUUACUCCAGUAGCUCCUAUCACAGCUCCAUUGCCAGGUGGUUUCCCAACACAAACUCAAAACGGCUACCCCGAUCCCAACAGUAACUACAUGCCGGGUCAGUACUUACCAACCGCCGCCACGCCAGGCAUGCCACCGCAGCAGCCGGCUAUCUUUAAUCCCGCAAUGGCCAGCACUCAACCGCCUCAACAGACCACAACGGGGGCCCUAAAUUACCAAAACUUCCAACAAAACUUGCCAUACCAGCAACAACAACAACAGCUGCAGCAACAACAGCCGGGAGCCAAUUUCAAUGCUAACUUUCGACAGCAGCCUACUCCUCAACCACCUGCGGCACCAGAGCCCCCUAAGCAAAAGCCACCACUUCCGGAAGAGUAUAUCUACCUACAGACAGUAUUCGAAGAGUUGAAAAAGAGUUGCAUCGCAGCUGCUGCUAAUCCGCAAACCAAACGGAAACUUGAGGAAGUCUCGAAGAGAUUAGAGUCUUUAUAUGAUAUGCUACGUGAACGUCGGUUAUCGCAGAAUACGCUAACCUCGCUCGGACAGCUGGUGCAGCUGGUCCAAGCCGGAGAUUAUGCCAAUGGCAUUGGCCUGCACACACAAAUGGUAUCUGGGCCCGAUUUUGCCCAGAUCGCCAAUUUCAUGCCGGGUAUCAAAAUUCUGCUGCAGUCAGCGAUGCAGCUGCAAGUGUACCUUCGGAGAUAAUGUCUGUUAGAGGUAAUAUCAUGAAAAUUCCCAACGGAAUCCAGUAUCUAGUAACCCGAAUUGGCAAGGAAUUGGUAAGUACGCACAUUAUAAGAUUUCGAAAAAACGAUCCCAUUUAUUUUGCGAAACAAUCUAAUGUUUGUUACAAUGGUAAACAAAAGAAAGGAUUAUUUGUCCGGUGUUACAAAAAUUCCAAUGCAUGUCAUUUAGACCCUAAGUAUCUGUAUAGUAUUACUGUGUAACUCUGACGAAAUCUGAAAGGCUGCUCCAUCCAGGUCGCUUCUGAACAGUUUAUUGUAAAUAUAUAUCUAGUAUAGAUAGGAAGUGUAUAACAAUAUGAUUCUAGCAAACCAAUUAAUAAACGUUAUUAUGUGAUGUGAUUCUAGCGUUGAA